AUGGAAACGUUGGACACGCCUUCUAUACCUCUGCCAACCACUGAAAAAAUUUUAUCGCAAAACCCACAUCCAUUGGUGUCAACCUUAUGUUCAAUUGGCGCACUUUUAUUUUCAGUGUAUAUAUUACAGGCGCAAAACGUUACCAUCAUUUAUAUUUACAUUGAAGCUUUUCUUUCACUGAUUCCUAAUAUAUUGGCUAUCAACGCCGAAAGAAUGGAAAAACUAUGGUGGGGCGUACCUCUCGGGAUACUCAUGUUGGAUGCGAUCUCACUGUUCCUAAUCAAAGAUUCAGAACAGGAUAUUCAAAGUCUGGAGAAAUUAAAAUAUAAGUAUAAAGGGGCCUAA